AUGGGUACAUACUUGGGUCUCCCCGAGAAGAUUCAUUGGUCAAAGACACAAGUCUUCGCAUUUGUGAGGGAUAAACUCCAUAAGAGGGUAAACUUAUGGACCUCAAAAUCUUUAUCCAAAGGAGGCAAGGAAGUCCUGAUAAAAGCAGUGGCACAAGCGAUUCCGACAUAUGUAAUGUCGUGUUUUCUCUUACGAAAAGCUAUAUGCUCAAAAUUAAGUAGCGCUAUUGCCGAUUUCUGGUGGAGCAAUAAAGCAGAUAGCAAAGAAUUGCACUCGAUUUCAUGGGAGCAAAUGUGCACUCAACUAUCAGAAGGCGGGCUAGGCUUCCGAACACUAGAAGAAUUUAAUCUUGCCUUGUUGGCAAAGCUAGCUAUGGAGAUUGCUCAGAUAUCCAGAUUAUCUCCUUAG